AUGGGCUUCAAAUCCAAUAUCUGUGGCCUCUCAUUAACGGCCAUAUUCCAUAUAUGCAAGUCCAUUGCAGAAUUCAAACAAGCGCACGCCGGGCUUGUCGUCAGGGGUCUACCUCACACUCCAUCAUCCUUACGACCCGUCAUCUCCUUCUCUGCUCUUCACCCAUCCGGGGACAUAGAUUAUGCCCUUCUUCUCAUUUUUCAAGCACCAGCGCCAACCAUCUUCCUCUUCAACACUGUUAUCCGGGGUCUUGCACGUGCCCGGCGUCCUGAUUCCCUCUGUAGUUCUGUCUUCUUAUUGAAACGGAUGGCUGAAUUUGAUCUUCCUCCUAAUAAUUUCACCUUUACUUUCCUCUUCCAAGCUUGUGCCAAAGUGGGCCGUGCCUCCUCAGACUUGGGUCAGCAAUUCCAUUCACUGGUAAUUAAGAAGUCUUUUGGAAUGGACGGGUUUGUCCGUAAUUCGAUGAUCCAGUUCUACUCGAUCUGUGAGAAACUGCAAGACGCACAACUAGUAUUCGAUGAAGUGGAUGAAUUGGACGUUGUGUCAUGGAACUCUUUGAUUGCUGCGUACCUAAGGAAUGGUGAGAUUUCAGGGGCUCUUGAUGUUUUUGAGAAAAUGCCAGAAAGAAAUGAGGUUUCGUGGAAUAGUCUGAUCAGCGGGCUGGUGAGGGUUGGUUAUCUUGAUGAUGCGCAACAGCUCUUUACCCACAUGCCCAAGAGGAAUCUAGUCUCAUGGGUUGUCAUGAUCUCCGGAUAUGCUCAACAUAGGCAGCCAAUGCAAGCUUUGGCUUUGUUCCGGGAGAUGCAACUACUAAACCAGGAACCGAAUGCUGCAGUUCUGGUGAGCAUUCUUUCUGCCUGUUCUCAGUUAGGAGCACUGGAUCAUGGGGUUUGGAUUCAUUCUUACAUUCGAAGGAACCAAACAAAUUUCGAUUCUAUAAUUUCUGCAGCUCUCAUUGACAUGUAUGCAAAAUGCGGCAACAUCAAUCUAGCAAUGCAAGUCUUUCAUUCAUCCAGAGAGAAGGAUGUUUCUGCUUAUACAACAACCAUUUCUGGGUUGGCACUCAAUGGCCAAAGCAAGGAAGCACUUUUGCUCUUUGAGCAAAUGAAGAGUGAGGGUAUUACACUAGAUAGUAUCUCCUUCACUGCAGUUUUGUGUGCUUGCAGCCACAUGGGUUCGGUGGAGAAAGGUUUCCACUACUUCAAUUCAAUGCUUGAUGUUCACAGGAUCAAGCCAGAUUUGGAUCACUAUGCCUGCAUGGUCGAUCUUCUUGGCCGUGCAGGUUUGUUGGAGGAAGCAGAAAGGUUCAUAGCUUGCAUGCCAAUAAAGCCAGACCAUGUUAUUUGGGGGGCCUUCCUUGGUGCAUGCAGAAUCCAUGGGAAUAUAGAAAUGGGUCAAAGGGUGGGGAGUUUUCUGAUAGAAUCUGAUCGAGAUCAUGAUGGACGUUACAUUAUUCUUUCGAACAUUUAUGCAGAGUCUGGUAAAGGAGAUGAUGCUGAGGAAGUUAUGAGAACUAUGCGAAGAAGAAGAAUUAAACGGGUUCCUGGGAGUAGUUUGAUCGAGGUAGAUGGUGUUGUUCACGAGUUUGUAGCCGGAGAUAGAUCCCAUGACAAGACUGAUGAGAUCUAUUUGAUGUGGGAAGACAUGGCUAGGGAGAUAAAGAAAGUUGGGUAUACGGUAGGGACGAAAGGGGUCAUGUUUGAUGUAGAAGAAGAGGAAAAAGAAGUUGUAAUUGGGUACCACAGUGAAAAAUUGGCUCUGGCUUUUGGAUUUCUUUGCACGGAGCCUGGAUCAAUGCUUCGAAUUAUGAAGAAUAUUCGAAUUUGUAGGGAUUGCCAUUCUGCUUUUAAGCACAUUUCUAUGGUUUUUAAAAGGAAGAUAGCAGUUAGAGAUAGGAAACGGUUUCAUCAUUUUGAGGGAGGGUCUUGCUCCUGCAUGGACUACUGGUGA